AUGUCAAUUUCUUUUGCACUUGAAGGUUUGCUAGGUCCUCCAUAUCCCCCUUCCAAACCUGAGUGUCACAUUCCAUGUGAUGAAAUCUGCGGGGUUGAUAUUCACUGUAAUUGGAAUCACAGAUUUGAUCCCCGGGUCUCCACAAACUACAGUCUACACUGGGAAACAGCACACAAUGUAGUGGACCAUGUGAAUACAGGGACCAGUUUAAGUGGGCUAAUCGGCCGUGAACACCUUUCCAUGUAUAGUGAACUUCCUGUUUGGGUCCAGGCUGAGAGCAAAUAUGGUUCUGCCAAAUCCCAAGUAGUUGUCUUCAACACAGGCAACCUUGCUUUGCUCUUUGCCCCCCGCCCUAUUCCCCUCCAGAAGAUUCCAAUUUCUCAAGCUCACGGCCAAAUUUUGGGAUAUGAAGUUAAGCUGUCCUCCAACCACAACAUGACUGAAUUAGUGAAUAUUUCCAUCGCUGAGCCAAGGGGCUUGUUGGUCUGUGAUGAGCACCAAUGCUACCUCAACUCUUCUUUAAAGAGUGUGUCAUCAGCAAGUGUGUCAGCCUACAAUGCCCAUGGGGCGACAAUGCACUCCUACCUUCCAAUUCCAGAGCCAGGUAAAGCUAGAGGUGAGGACUUUAUUAAUGUCACGAUGAAUACAGAGAACCUCACAAUCUCUUGGGAUCCUUCCUUUUGGCUCCCUGACGCCAAAUCAAUCGACGAAUAUGUGGUCCAAUACAAACAAGCAGGGUGUCAUUUGGGGAAAGGAUUUGACUGGAUCAGAGUGAAUAAAAGCUGUACUUCAGUUACAUUUACAGCAGUGUACAAUGUGAGCGCUUCCCCUCAGGAUGGAAAUAAAACACUUGAGCUGCUAAACCUCAGUGCAAAUCAGGAGUACGAAGUUUGGAUCCAGGCUGUGACUGCAGCUGGACCAGGAGCCAAUGUCACCACCAGUUUCAUCACAACGCAACCAGAGCACCUUGAGCUCAAAUCAAAAUGCUCGUGUACUAGUCUUAGCAUUAGCACCACCUUGCGCAACGUGUUCAACAAGUUUGCAGCUAUAUUUAGUGAACAUCACCACUUCAUCUACGAAUGGUAA